UAAAAGGAUCUUUCGGGGGUCAAUUGAACUGUCUAGAAGCGCUUUCCAGACUCCUCAACGUGCUCAGAAAUCAGCCUUGUUAAUACGAAAAUGACCGCUUUCAGCCGCCGAGAAUGCGCGGAGACCUCUCCGACCCUUGGGACAGCGGCUGAGAAUCCAGUUCGCGCGCCUCUUCCCGCCAGCCCACGGGCCGUCGAAGAGAGCCAGGGCGCAAUCAGGAACAGAUCCCAGAUCCCAGAUCCAACAGAGCAGAACUUAAUUUUCCUCGCCUCGUUCCCAUAUAUCCGGGCUGCGCCCGUCGUCAUGGCCAUGUUUCGCUUUCUCGCACAGCCCUUUGGGUCUAAUGGCGGUGCAGCGACAGGACCGACGAAGCCUAAGAAGUCCAAAAUGGUUGCUGAACAUCUCACUAUCAGAAACCUCACUCCGACGCCGAUCGAGUUGAAGCUCGUGGAGCGCUUCUCUGCGCCGGACGCACCACUUGCUGAUGUGGGAACCCUUGCGAAGAACUUCACCAGAUUGGUGACGAAUACGACGCGCACCAACAACCCGGUUGAUGCCAUCGCGAACGAUGCGAAGCCUUUCGCGCAUGAGGAUGUAAAUGUCCGGGUGGAACCGUGGGCUACGGCCCAGACAGAUAUCCGCGCCUUCACAAAGUCCGACAAGGAGAGACUGCGCCUGACCAUCGAAGCAGAAGGGGAACGACACCAGGUGCAGACGCCGGUGCCGACCACAGAAUCUGCAACCAUGCGCGCGUUGACGGACAAGCCUCGUUUCCAAUUUACUGGCAUCUAUAUCACGCCCGAGUCACACCUGGCAGUCUUCUCCUCUGCCAAUCUCCAGGCUUGGAUGCGCGAACUGAGAGACGACACCCUGUUGUCCGCUCUCUCGAUUCCUGGUACUCAUAACUCUCCCACCUGCCAUGUUGCUCCGCCAUCUGUCCGCUGUCAAGCAGUCAGCCCACGGAAGCAGCUCGAGAACGGUGUACGCUUCUUUGACAUUCGGGUUCAGCCGCAGUUUCCUGAGGACCCAGCCAAAGACCAGCUGCUCCUGGUCCACAGUGUCUUUCCCAUUUCUCUAACAGGGAACAAGUAUUUCCGCGAUCUGAUGCAGACGGUAAACGAGUUCCUGGACCGUAAUCCAUCGGAGACCCUCAUCAUCUCUUUGAAGAGAGAGGGGCCCGGAACACAUACUGAUGAACAAUUAAGCCGGAUCCUACGCGACCACUACGCUCGUCCAGACAGCCGUUGGUAUACAGACCCCAAGAUACCCACCUUAGGUGAGGUCCGCGGCAAAGUCGUUCUCAUCCGCCGCUUCAACAUCGAGGAGCGAUUGAAGCACGAGCAUAACGGGAGAGGCUGGGGCUUAGACGCAUCUGCAUGGGCGGAUAACACCCCCCAUGCGAUGUGUCCCAGCGGAGAGAUCUGUAUCCAAGAUUUCUACGAGGUCCUCGAAACCCAAAACAUCAAUAAGAAGAUCCAAUACGUCACGGAACAAAUCUGUCGAUCUGGCGAGCAAUGCUAUCCAUACGGCAUCCUGAAGAACCCCGAUGACGGAAAGCGUCAUCCUUUCUAUAUCAACUUCCUCUCCGCCAGUAAUUUCUGGAAAGUAGGAACCUGGCCUGAGAAGAUAGCAGCGAAACUGAACCCAGCCACCGUAGACUAUCUCUGUCGAAAGCACCCCGAGAAGCAGGAUGGUGAUUGGUCCACGGGUAUCCUGGUUAUGGACUGGGUUGGUCUAGAUGGAGAUUGGGACUUGGUUAGAUGUGUCGUGGGCAUGAACUCCAGGUUGAAGUCGAGGCAGUAAGCUCGGAAGAUAGACUUCUUUGAGCUUAUCUGUGUUCAUUCUUCUUAUUUUUGUAAUCUUCUCAAGCGAAAAGCCCCCUCUGCAGGACCUCAGAGGUAUACGUAGUCUGCUUUUUAUAUCUUGUGUUCUACAGGUUUAUUGGUUAGAUGGCAAUG